AUUCACCUCAAUUAGACAUGAGAUACAAUCUAAUUUCCCUGCUUCGAGUGGGCACUGUACGUGGGUGUGAGUGAGUGACUGAGGAGUGUGUGCGGUGUCCGCGUGUGUUAUGUGUGUAUGUGCUUAUCACAUGGAAAUGCAGGCGGCGUAAGUGGAGCAGUCGAGAAAUAAUUUGGAAUUUUGGACAGAUAAAAAGCACAUAACACCACACAUAAACCCCUUGAAACCCCAAAAAUAAUAAUAAUAAAAUAAAAACGAAAGGGCCACGCCUUGCCAUUAUCCUAACAGCUGCCCACAAACAUUUCACUAACUCAUACAUAUAUUGCCACCAUCAAUCGUAGGAUCCACAAACGCUACAAUGAUCGCCGCUCCAUUGAACCAUCUGAAUAAUCAGCUGUAGAGUCACCGCCAGCACCUCCUCCUAUGCAUCCCGAUCUUCAUAGCAUCGCCUUCGCCUGGAGCACGACUAGCACAGCUACUACUAUUAACCCUUGUCCGAGCAGCCGGGGGAGCAGGAUGCUGCUUCUGCCGCUGCUCCUCGGCCUCCUGGUGGCCCUGCCAGCAGUCAGAGGCCAAUACCAAUCGCCGCGCAUCAUCGAACAUCCCACGGAUCUGGUGGUCAAGAAAAAUGAGCCAGCCACACUCAAUUGCAAAGUGGAGGGCAAGCCGGAGCCCACUAUUGAAUGGUUUAAGGAUGGAGAACCCGUCAGCACCAACGAGAAGAAGUCACAUCGUGUCCAGUUCAAGGACGGUGCACUCUUCUUCUACCGGACGAUGCAGGGCAAGAAGGAACAGGACGGCGGCGAGUACUGGUGCGUGGCCAAGAACCGAGUGGGCCAGGCCGUUAGCCGUCAUGCCUCGCUCCAGAUAGCUGUUUUGCGCGACGAUUUUCGCGUGGAGCCCAAAGACACGCGAGUGGCCAAAGGCGAGACGGCUCUGCUGGAGUGUGGGCCGCCCAAAGGCAUUCCAGAGCCAACGCUCAUUUGGAUGAAGGAUGGCGUUCCCUUGGACGACCUGAAAGCCAUGUCGUUUGGCGCCAGCUCGCGCGUGCGAAUCGUGGAUGGGGGUAACCUGCUGAUCAGCAAUGUGGAGCCCAUUGACGAGGGCAACUACAAGUGCAUUGCCCAGAAUCUGGUGGGGACACGCGAAUCCAGCUAUGCCAAGUUAAUUGUCCAGGUCAAGCCCUACUUCAUGAAGGAGCCCAAGGACCAGGUGAUGCUCUACGGCCAGACAGCCACUUUUCACUGUUCCGUGGGCGGGGAUCCGCCGCCAAAGGUGCUGUGGAAGAAGGAAGAGGGCAAUAUUCCAGUGUCCCGUGCUCGAAUCCUACACGAUGAGAAGAGUUUGGAGCUCUCGAAUAUCACGCCCAGCGAUGAGGGCACCUACGUCUGCGAGGCGCACAAUAAUGUGGGACAGAUUAGCGCCAGAGCUUCGCUCACAGUUCAUGCUCCUCCCAACUUUACCAAGCGACCUAGCAACAGGAAAGUGGGACUCAAUGGCGUUGUCCAGCUCCCCUGCAUGGCAGCCGGAAAUCCACCGCCUUCGGUUUUCUGGACCAAGGAAGGCGUGUCCACCUUAAUGUUUCCUAAUAGCUCCCACGGCAGGCAGCAUGUGGCAGCAGAUGGAACCCUACAGAUCACGGAUGUACGACAGGAGGACGAGGGCUUUUAUGUCUGCUCUGCGUUCAGUGUGGUUGAUUCCUCAACGGUACGGGUAUUCCUGCAGGUCAGCUCGGUGGACGAGCGACCGCCACCCAUUAUUCAAAUUGGACCCGCCAAUCAGACACUGCCCAAGGGAUCGGUGGCCACGCUGCCCUGUCGAGCCACUGGGAAUCCCAGUCCCCGCAUCAAAUGGUUCCAGAAUGGACUUGCCGUGCAAACAGGGAAUCGUCACAGUGUCAUCCAAGGCAGUUCAUUACGGAUUGAUGAUCUCCAAGUGAGUGAUUCUGGUUCCUAUACUUGCACUGCUUCCUCAGAACGUGGAGAGACUUCCUGGGUAGCCACUUUAACGGUGGAAAAAUCUGGCUCUAAUACUCUGCAUCGUGUCGCUGAUCCAAGCACGUAUCCUGCUCCACCAGGCACACCCAAAGUCCUCAAUGUCAGUCGCAGUAGCAUCACCCUCCGUUGGGCCAAAAGCCAAGAGAAGCCUGGUGCUGUGGGACCCAUUAUCGGCUACACUGUAGAGUACUUUAGUCCGGAUCUGCAAACUGGUUGGAUUGUCGCCGCCCAUCGUGUGGGCGACACUCAAGUCACUAUUUCUGAUCUCAGCCCGGGGACUUCGUAUGUAUUUCUUGUGAGAGCUGAGAAUUCACAGGGCGUAUCGGUGCCUUCGGGCUUAUCGAAUGCCAUUAAAACAAUUGAUGAGGACUUUGAUGCAGCUUCAGCCAAUGAUUUGUCAGCCGCACGAACUUUGCUGACUGGAAAGUCCGUGGAGUUGAUAGAUGCCUCAGCAAUAAAUGCCAGCGCUGUGCGCCUUGAUUGGAUGCUGCAUGUGAGCGCAGAUGAGAAAUAUGUUGAGGGCAUUCGUAUACAUUACAAGGAUGCCAGUUCCGAAUCAGCUCAGUAUCACUCGAUCACUGUUUUGGAUACCUCAGCUGAAUCGUUUGUGGUGGGCAACCUGAAAAAGUACACCAAAUAUGAGUUCUUCCUUACGCCCUUCUUUGAGACCAUUGAGGGACAACCCAGCAACUCCAAGGUGGCCCUUACUUAUGAAGAUGUACCCUCUGCCCCGCCAGAUAACAUACAGAUUGGCAUGUACAACCAAACAGCCGGCUGGGUACGUUGGACUGCGCCGCCCGCCCAACAUCACAAUGGCAAUCUGUAUGGCUACAAGAUCGAGGUUAGUGCGGGCAACACCAUGAAGGUGCUUGCCAACAUGACGCUCAAUGCCACGACCACAUCGGUGCUCCUAAAUAACCUAACCACCGGAGCCGUCUACAGUGUGCGACUGAAUUCCUUUACCAAGGCUGGAGAUGGGCCCUACUCCAAGCCGAUCUCACUCUAUAUGGACCCCACCCAUCAUGUGCAUCCGCCACGUGCCCAUCCGAGUGGCACUCACGACGGCCGUCAUGAGGUUCAGGAUAUGACGUAUCAUAGCAAUGGAAAUAUACCCACCGGCAGCAGUAAUCCCACCACGCACAAGAAAACCACUGAUUACCUCUCGGGACCGUGGCUAAUGGUGCUGGUGUGCAUCUUACUCUUGGUCUUGGUCAUUUCGGCGGCCAUUUCCAUGGUUUACUUCAAGCGGAAGCAUCAAAUGACCAAGCAACUGGGUCACAUGAGUGUGGUCAGCGACAACGAGAUCACCGCAUUGAACCUUAACAGCAAGGAGAGCCUUUGGAUUGAUCAUACUCGUGGCUGGAGAACCGCAGAUACGGACAAGGACUCGGGAUUGAGCGAAUCGAAGCUACUAUCCCAUGUUAACAGCAGCCAGUCGAACUACAAUAACUCGGAUGGCGGUACAGACUACGCUGAAGUAGAUACCCGCAAUCUGACAACCUUCUACAACUGCCGAAAGAGUCCUGAUAAUCCCACACCGUAUGCCACCACCAUGAUCAUUGGAACCUCUUCGAGUGAAACCUGCACUAAAGCCACUUCCCUGAGUGCCGACAAAGAUUCGGGCACUCAUUCACCCUACUCGGACGCAUUUGCCGGCCAGCCACCAGUGGCUCCUGUUGUGAAAUCCAACUAUUUACAGUAUCCGCCAGAGCCCAUCAACUGGUCAGAGUUCCUGCCUCCACCACCAGAACAUCCGCCGCCGUCUUCCACCUAUGGCUAUGCCCAGGGAUCACCGGAAUCAUCGCGGAAGAGCUCCAAGAGCGCAGGCUCUGGCAUUUCAACUAACCAAAGCAUCCUGAACGCUUCGAUACACAGUAGUUCCUCGGGCGGCUUUUCCGCCUGGGGCGUCUCUCCGCAAUAUGCCGUCGCCUCCCCGGAGAAUGUGUACAGCAAUCCAUUGUCGGCUGUGGCUGGCGGCACACAGAACCGCUACCAGAUUACGCCCACCAGCCAGCAUCCACCGCAGCUGCCGGCCUACUUUGCCACCACGGCUCCCGGUGGUGGAAUACCUCCGAAUCACCUGCCAUUUGCCACACAGCGACAUGCAACCAGUGAGUAUCAGGCGGGAUUGAAUGCAGCACGAUGUGCCCAGAAUAGGGCCUGCAACAGCUGCGACGCCUUGGCCACACCCUCGCCCAUGCAGCCCCCACCGCCAGUUCCGGUUCCGGAGGGCUGGUAUCAACCAGUGCAUCCCAACAGUCACCAGAUGCAUCCCACCAGCUCCAGCCAUCAGAUCUAUCAGUGUUCUUCCGAAUGCUCUGAUCACUCGAGGACCUCACACGGUCACAAGCGGCAACCGCUGGAGGAGCAUGGGAGCAGCAGCAAACGAAGUGGACACCAUCGUCGUCAGCCGGCGGUGCAGCCGUGCUUGGAGAGCGAAAAUGAGAACAUGCUGGCGGAGUACGAGCAGCGUCACUACACCAGCGACUGUUGCAAUAGUUCCCGCGAAGGCGACACCUGCUCCUGCAGCGAGGGAUCCUGCCUGUACGCCGAGGCGGGGGAGCCGACGCCACGUCAAAUGACUGCUAAGAACACCUAAGUAGGUGGAUUAGUCUUAAAGGUAGCAUCUAGUCUAAACUCUUCAUUCAUAUCGAAACUAGAAACCAGUCGCGUAGUCAAAGUUUCUGCAACAACUAUUGAGAUAUGAGAUCGAAUACGUACGAACAAUGCCCUGGGCUCCCAUCACAACGCAUUUCUCCAGGACAUCCCACUAUUCUAAGUAUUAUAAACCAUUUUGAUCAAAAGAGGAUUGUUUUUUGCAGUUGAAAUCAUCAUCAUAAUGGAGAAAUGUGCUGUAUGCGAAUCCAGGGUGCUGACCACCAAACACACUUGUCACAAUCAUGGGGGCAUUGUGCAGCUUAAGCAAUUACGAAUUUUCCAUUAUCACAUCAUCAUCAUCAGUAUCAUCUACCAGCGUAGAAACUCAUAUAGAAAGGCACAAUGCUCCCCCAUCAUACCAUGUGCACCACAGAAAUGUUCCGAAAGCGGAAACCUUUGUACUUAAGAGAGAGACGCGUGAGCUGUACGAUAUAGAUAUUGCUUUGGGAGAGGGACAGUAAUCACUAGAUGACAGCAGGGAUCUGGGAAUCCCAGCAGAACUUCAUUAAAAUACGUACUCCAAGGAACUUAAAUAGAGAGAAGAAGGAUAAACCAGAUCAGGCCAUAGCAAGUACACGACUUACGUAUGUAGUUAGAACCAGCAUGUUUUUGGGGCUCUCGAAUUGGUCCUAGUCAUAGGCUUUUGAUAGCGAUACAAUACCGAUAACUGAUUACGAUAUAUAGUACUUGUAUGCAAAAAAAAAAAAAAUAACAAAA